AAUUUGUUUGGGUCCAUAUUAAAAGAUUCAUUUGUUCAACCUUGGCCCGCGGCUUUAUUCAAUUUAAAAUUUUGGCCCACUGUGUAUUUGAGUUUGACACCCCUGCUCUAGUGAUUUGGUGUGGUUGUAUCUUCCCAGAAUGCCUUGCGUUGUAGUCUACUUCCUGCUUUAGGAGCAGUCUCUGGUCCACUUGUGUCCACAUAUGCAUUGGAACUGAGCCAGAGUUCAUUUCAAAUGAACUACGUUCUCUUAUUUGGUCCACAUCAGACUUUCUUGGCAAACGAACUAGAGUUUGAUUAAAGCGGAUUAAACAGGUGUGAAUGUUGUGACUCCAGCCAUGAAGGACUGACUAUAGAAGGUCGGUGAGAGAGCUUUUAAUCCCUCAAUUCUCUGCAUUAACACAGUUUCAGUUUCAACAGGAAGAGUUUCACAGCAUGAAUGUGACACCAGCUUAAUAAAACCUGCAUCCUAAAACACACUCACCCUCUUUUUUCCCUCUAGUUGGUCAUGAGAACGGCGCGAAACUGAAACUAUUUUUCACUUUUGAAGUUUCAAACAUUAUGAUUCAACUUAAGAAAAACAGCAACAAAUAAAGUUUAUGAUAUCAAUAAUCAGUAUUUAAAGAUAUCAUGAGAAAAUCUAAAAGAUUCUUACUUAAUAAAUAAUCAAAAUAAUACAAUCGGUACAAAGAAACCUUUGACACAUAAUAACCGGCAUUCUGACAAAACUCUUCUUGUGCAUAAAAACUGUGAUAGUCGUAAAAAACAUUUAAACUACAUAAGUUACUGGACGCCACCUGCAUGGAAACAGUCUAUUACAACUAGAUCUAUAAGGCCCAACAAGGACAUUUUUGGGCCAGUUGCUUUUCCAGUUGAAACAUAAAAUCUGUGGUUUUCAUGUGCAUUGUAUUGCCAUCAAAGUACUACUUAAAAAGAUUCAAGUCUCAAAGAGAAACAAGGUAGACAAAUAAGAUUUACUCUAGCUUUCGCCACACCUUAAGAUUUGGCAAUCAUCCAAAGCUGACGUAAUGCAGAGAUUCAACUUUCCUCUCACUGAACGUCAGCAAAGAACACACCUCUUUCCCUCGAAUUAGAGGUGUGUCUACAGCUACCUUUGCAGCUGUUACUUUUUCUCUUACUAGCAGCUCUACAGGGCUCAGCCUGUUAUCUUGCAUUAUUCAGUAUAAAGAGCAGUGAGUUAGAGUUUGUUUAGUUAAUCAGUAUCUUUAAGGUGCAGCUCAUAAAAACCAGGCUGUGUCUGGUUUUCUACAGUCACACAGCCACCAUGGAGCUGCGUCUCUCUGUCUGCGUCCUGCUGCUGCUUUGUGCAACAAGAAUCUCAAAUGGAGGGAAGAUCUUGGUGUGGUACACUGAGGCCAGCCACUGGAUCAACAUGAAGCCGGUACUGGAGACACUGGUGGACAGAGGACACCAGGUGACGGUCCUGAUCCCGAGCGCGUCGAUGUUCAUGAACAGCAGCGAACCGUCUCGCUUCCAGUACGAACCUUUUAACGUCGACGUCACAGUAAAAGAUUUAGAAAACCUUUUUGAAGAUGUUAUUCAAUUCUCCUUGUAUGAGAUGGAUUUCAUGAGCCCCUAUGAGAUUUCUGUAAAAUUUUUUGAUUUAAUGAAGAAUAACAUAAAUGUUUCUUUAAAGUUUUUGGAUGGCGUUGUGAAAUCAGAAACCAUCAUGAAGAAGCUGAAGGAGGGAAACUACGAUGUGUUAUUUGCUGAUCCGAUCUACCCUGGCUAUGACCUGACUGCCGAUAUUUUGGGCAUUCCUCUCGUUCUUUCUUUGCGUUUCUCCAUUGCUCAUAAUCUUGAGAGGAUGUGUGGUCAGCUACCUGCUCCUCCUUCCUUUGUCCCCGCUGCUAUGAGCAAACUCACAGACAAGAUGGACUUCUCAGAGAGACUCUCCAAUGUCCUCUUCUACACUUCGCAGGACAUUUUAAUAAGACAGUUCAUGUGGAAAUUGAUUGACGAAUAUUACUCUGAAAUCAAAGGAACACCCACCAGUGCCUGCGAGCUCGUGGGUAAGGCGGAUAUCUGGCUGCUGAGAACCUACUGGGAUUUUGAUUUUCCUCGUCCACUCCUCCCCAACUUUAAAUUUGUUGGAGGGAUCCACUGCAGACCAGCUAAACCUUUACCAGAGGAACUGGAAAAGUUUGUCCAGAGCUCUGGAGAUGCUGGUAUUGUUGUCUUCUCUUUAGGAUCGAUGGUCAAGAACGUAUCCACGGAAAAGGCAAACCUGAUCGCCUCGGCGCUCGCUCAGCUUCCACAAAAGGUGCUGUGGAGAUACAGUGGCCAGAAACCCCAGACUCUGGGUUCAAACACCAGAAUAUACAACUGGAUCCCACAAAACGAUCUGCUGGGUCAUCCUAAAACCAGAGUUUUCAUCACUCAUGGUGGGACAAACGGGAUCUAUGAGGCCAUCUACCACGGCGUUCCCAUGGUGGGAAUCCCCAUGUUCGGUGACCAACCAGACAACAUGGUGCACAUAGAGGCCAAAGGAGCUGCAGUUAGUGUUAAAUUUAACUUUAUGACAACUGAGAGCCUCAGAGACGCCAUAAACAUGGUCAUCAACAACAAAUCCUACAAAGAAAACGUGAUGCGACUGUCCAGAAUCCACCAUGACAGACCCAUGAGUCCUCUGGACGAGGCCGUCUUCUGGAUCGAGUUCACCAUGAGAAACAAAGGAGCCAAACACCUGAGGGUCCAGGCCCAUGAACUCACCUGGUACCAGUACCACAGCCUGGACGUACUAGCCUUCCUCCUCAUUAUAGAUCUGCUCCUCAUCUUCAUCCUCUUCAAGAGCUGCAGCUUCUGUUUUAAGAGAUGCUGCAGCAGAAAACAGACAAAGAGAAAAGCUGAGUAACAGACUGAAGUGAGAUCUACUGCUCAGGUGCUUUUCACACAGAAUAAGAAUCUAUUUUGUGGUUUUAAAGUGUACACAUUUAAACAAUAGCAAAAAAUAAUCAGGACUGAAGAGAAAUUAGUGUUGAUUAUUAUUUUUUAGUAGUUUUGUAUUUAGCUUCUUAUUCCAUUUCUCAAAUUCUGAGCAACUUUCCAGGUCCUGCUGAAAAAAUGACCAAACUAUGACACUGCCACUACCAUGCUUCAAUGUGGCACCACUGUGAAAAAUCUAGAAUGCCUCUGACAGAAAACCGAUUUAUGGACUGGCUUCUUUUAAGAAAAAGCCAGUCCAUAAAUCGGUUUUCUUAACCGCGCUUAAAACCAUGAACUAUUUUCCCAAUCACAUUUUCACUCUGUCAUACUAAAUCAUGUAUUAAAUGCUUCUUUUCUUUUCAAUUUAUGUAUAAAAUGGUAUUACUAUUAUUAGUAAACUGAACCCAUGUUUUUAGUGUGCUUUGCUUUCGUUCUGUAGUGUACAAACAAAGCUUCAGCAAAGCUGUAAAAAUGACUGCAUUUAUUAACAUUUCAGACACUUCUAUUAAUAAUCAGAUUAAAAUUUUUUAUGCUCAUUUCCAUUGCUGCUUUAGCUCAGAAAAAUUAAUCAUAUUAUUCAAAGUCAGUCAUAAAAAUAUUGCGUAAACUCUCAGUUUAUUUGUGGUAAUUAUUUAGUUUUUUGUUUUCAUGUCUACUAAUGUUAGAUUAUUGAGAGGCGUCAUGUUGGACUGAACAGCCAAUCAGAGCUGGACUAGUGAGUAAAACUUGAGAUCUAAAAGUUUUUGAUAACUCAGGGGUAAAGCACAACCCAAACAUGGAGGCCUUAGUUCUCGACGCGGCCGCCACAGGUUCCAUUCGCAGCCAGAUGACCUUUGCCCCUUGUCUUCCCGCUCUCUCAUUACCCACUUUCCUGUCUAACCACUUUCAAAUAAAAGCCACUAAAGUCAAUAAAGCCUAUAAAAAAAAGCUGGCUUCCUGUUAAGCGCAAUGGUCUGUGGUGGAAAUGUUUUAUUAUAGGGUAAUAUAGUUUGACUUUAUUAGCCUGAUAGUUGUUAUGAUGUUUUGCUUUCCCAGUGGGUAAUUUGUCAGAGCAAACUCACUGAAGGGGUUUUGCUGAAUGACCUUUAGUAAAGCAAAAACACAUCAUUUUCAGUAUUGAUUUUGUUCAACCUUUUACUGUCCCUAAAAAUCUCUCUUAUCGGCCUCCUAGUAGAGUUAGUUUUAGUUACCUGCACAUGGUUAACUGUUUUGUAAACUGUCAAAUCCUGCUUAUGGUAUAAAUAAAUCUGACUGAGGAAUUUUCAUCCAA